UCGCCACCGCGGUGGAGGAGCGUCACUUCCGUCCCACCGCUGACGGAGCGGUAGGGCGUCACGUCCCCGUCCCCCCCCCCCCCGUCAGCGGCCGGAACGGGGGCGCUGAGUUGCAGGUGUUUCAGGCAUCCAGAUCUCUUCAGAUACAGCUUGGUUGGCCAGAACUGCUUUUGGCUAGAAACUAUGAAGAAACAUCUCGCAUAAAACCACUAUGUAAUUGAGGCCAUGGCAUCUUCAACAAACUUAGAUGCAGGGGCCCAGUUAAUUGUAGAAGAAUGCCCCACUGGCUACAGCCUUCCGCCCAUGCCAGACAUUAAAGUGGAGCAUCAGCUUGACUCUAGCACAGAGGAAGGCCCAGCUCAGAGUGUUGCCAUGGGAAUGAAAUUCAUUUUGCCCAAUAGAUUUGAUAUGAACGUCUGCUCGCGAUUUGUGAAAUCUUUGAAUGAGGAGGACAGUAAAAAUAUUCAAGACCAAGUUAACUCUGACCUUGAAGUGGCAUCUGUCUUAUUUAAAGCUGAAUGCAACAUCCACACUUCUCCUUCUCCUGGUAUCCAAGUAAGACAUGUUUAUACUCCAUCAACUACUAAGCAUUUCUCACCAAUAAAACAGUCAACUACCCUAACUAACAAACACAGGGGAAACGAAGUCUCUACAACACCUCUGCUCGUAAACUCGUUAUCCGUUCAUCAGCUGGCUGCUCAGGGAGAAAUGUUGUAUCUGGCCACGCGUAUUGAACAAGAAAAUGUAAUCAAUCAUAAGGAUGAAGAAGGUUUUACCCCUCUGAUGUGGGCUGCAGCUCAUGGGCAGAUAGCAGUCGUGGAAUUUCUCCUCCAGAAUGGUGCAGAUCCUCAGAUUUUGGGGAAAGGGCGAGAAAGUGCCCUCUCACUGGCUUGCAGUAAAGGAUACACAGAUAUUGUCAAAAUGCUGCUUGACUGUGGAGUUGAUGUCAAUGAGUAUGACUGGAACGGAGGCACACCUCUACUAUAUGCAGUUCAUGGGAACCACGUGAAAUGUGUGAAAAUUCUCCUUGAAAGGGGUGCUGAUCCAACUACUGAAACAGAUGCUGGCUAUAAUUCCAUGGAUUUGGCUGUAGCCUUGGGCUAUCGGAGUGUUCAACAGGUUAUUGAGUCUCAUUUAUUAAGGCUACUUCAAAAUAUCAAGGAAUAAUGGUUGGCUCUUCUGCAGGUGUCAGUUCUUGGCUUGGAGAUUCAAACUGCUUUUUAGCCCUGUCAUCAGUGACAAGGGUUGGUUGUUUUGUAACUUUACCUCAGUUCAAUUAUUUGCUGGUUUUAGUUAAGCUUUUUAAUAUGCUUCCUCUUCUUCCAUUGGUGUUCAUAGGAAUAUGCAAUGUCAUCCUUUUAAAUAUAUUUUAUAUGAUUUUUAGAAGAAAAAGUGAGCUUUUGUGCGUGAAAAUCUUUGUAAAUGAAACCUGUUUUGACCAUCUAAAUGUUUACACGGAGCACCGUGGGGAGCACUGUGCCAAGUGUCCUACUUGAUCACAUCAUUGAUACAUAUUCUUAGGAAGAAAUUUGUUUAGAUAUUGAGAUACAUCACUAUAGUAGAUGUCUUUAAUGUUAAUAAUACCAAAAUGUGCACCAUGUGUGAUUGUUUUCAAGCUCCCCAGUUAAUAAUAUUGUGUGAGCUUUUGGUUUUGUCCAGUUUUGAAGAAGUUGGUAAUAAAUUGAAGGACUUCUAUGAUGGUA